AUGCCGCGCGCCGUGGCCACCCCCAGAGCCAAGCUCAACGAGAAAUACUCGCAGGCGUACUCCUUGGCUCAGCGCGUGCUGAUCAAGGCGGAGGAGUACGAACUCAGGGACUUGAGCGGGCACGCGCACGACAUCAAGAAGGAAUGCACGCAGCUCGCGGAGGAGGCAGACGCUGCGAAGGCGGCGGGAGGUGUCUUCCCGCCUCCUGCUCCCGGGGCAAAGGAUCCUCGCAAAUGA